UUAGAAAAAUCUCUAAAUAUAGCACUGGAAACUGGUUAUAGGUUCUUCGACACAGCCAUUGGUUACAACAAUGAGCCUGUCAUCGGAAAGGUUUUGAAUGAAUGGAUGUCAGCUGGUAAAGUGACUAGAGAAGAACUGUUCAUCUUAACUAAACUUCCGUGUUUUGGAAAUCGACCAGAAGAUGUAGAUAAAUAUAUUAAACAAUCACUAGAAGACUUACAGCUAGAUUAUAUUGAUAUGUAUCUAAUACACCUUCCAAUUGGUGUUUUUAAAAAUGGUAAAUCUGAUUACAGUGAAAUGGAGUUAGAUAAAAGUACGGAUCACCUAAAAAUUUGGAAGAAAAUGGAGCAACAAGUGCACAAUGGUCGUACGAAAUCGAUCGGCUUGUCGAAUUUCAAUAUUAAGCAAACACAAAGGAUAUUAGAUAAUUGUGAAAUUAGACCCGAUAGUCUCCAGAACGAAAAUCAUUUGUACUUUCAAUCCCCGGAAGUAGUGGAAUUCUGCAAACAUAAUGGUAUAAUCUUGAUCUCUUACUCGAGUCUGGGCAUGAAGGCAUUUAAAGAAGCCGCAGGAUUAUCUUGGAACAAUAAACAGUUACCAGAAAUGUUGGAAAACGAUGUAUUAGUCAAGAUAGCAAAAAAACACGGCAAGACUCCAGCUCAAGUGUUGUUGCGGUUCAUCAAUCAGAAGGGUAUGGCUGUCAUACCUAAGAGCACGAUCCCGCGACGAAUAGUAGAAAAUUUUAAAAUUUUCGAUUUUAAACUGGAUACGGAAGACAUGGACGCUCUACGCAGUCAGGACGACGGAGAAGGAGGGCGUAUCGUACGAUUCCCGAUGAUUAAAAAUAUUGAAGAUCACCCAGAAUAUCCAUUUUGAUCCUGUAAAGAUAUUCUUAAACGUAAAAAAAAAUAUUUAUAAUUUCUGAACAAAAAUAAUAAAAUGUGAUCAGUAUAGUUCUUGUCGAUGUACCUAUAUAUAUUUCUAUAACAAUUAAUUA